AUGGUUUCUACUCUCGAAUCCAUCCACCCCGGCGACGGUAAAAACUUCCCAAAGCCAGGCCAAACUAUCACCAUGCACUACCACGGUACUCUGCUCGAUGGCUCUGUAUUUGACAGCUCUUACAGAAGAGGACAGCCAUUUUCAUCCCCAAUUGGAAUUGGAAGGUUGAUUGGCGCUUGGGAUCAAUGUGUACCUCAAAUGUCUAUCGGCCAAAAGGCAAUCAUCACUGCCACCCCUGAAGUUGGCUACGGUGAAAGAGGUUUCCCCCCAGUGAUUCCACCAAACGCAACUCUCAAAUUCGAAGUUGAAUUGCUUGCUAUUCAAUAG